AUGCCACCUUGGGCCACGAAGAUGAUUGAGAAGUAUUUGUGCAGUGAGUGGAUCGAGAAGGCCUUGGUGUCGUCGCUGGAGAAGAUGAUCGUCAAGAUCGUCAAGAUAGAUGAAAUCCAGCCCUCAAUCCUCUCUCGACUCGACGCAGUUGAAGCCACCAUUGAAGCAAUGAAAACUUCUGCCCCUAUGUCCCAGAGCGCAUUGUAUUCAACGAUCGCACUUCCAGCGGCACCGGCCAACGUUGCUGUCAAUGCUGAUACCGGCGUGACUGCUCCUCAACCCGGGCCCUCCACUUAUAAGGGACAAAGAGAGGCCGCUGGAGACGAGUUCAGUAGAGUAAUCCAUGCGCUAUGGACCACUUCUGUACUCCAAACGAAGCAGCAGAAGACAAAGCAAAACGGAUAG